AUGAAACAAAGCCACGAGGAGCGAACGGCCGCCGAGCCGCGUGCAACGUUCCUCGCCGGCCAAUUCCUCGACGUCUUUUGCCCAGGCAUCGAGAAGGCCGGCGGCUUCACCGUGACCUCACCGCCCAGCCGGGCCCAGAGCUCCAGCUCCGCGGCCCCACCGUACCUGGAGCUCGCGGUGCAAAAGUCGCCAGAAAACCCGGCCGCGGCUUACCUGUGGCAGGGCCGACCCACCAGCACCAGCAACGAAGACUCUGACGAGGAACUGGAUGCGGAGGAGUCCAGCGCGGACCGGCAGCAGCAACCUGGAAUCGUCAGCACGCAGCUCCAGGUCCGCAUCGGCGGCAGCUUCGUCUACCCGCCCUCGGGCAUCGCGUCUGCGUCGCACGUGCUGCGGCGUGUGGUUUUCGUCGCCGGCGGCAUGGGCGUCAACCCGCUCGUGAGCAUGGCUGCGCACAUGGCCGAGGAGGAUCGCGGGGAGGACGGGCCCGAGGUGUGGUUUCUUUACUCGGUGCGCGCACCUGGUGGUAAGGGUAGGAGGGAAGGGGCGGACGGCAUGCUGUUCCUCAACAGGCUGGCAGACCUGUUCGCCAGGGAUUCUCUCCGGGGCAAGUUGCAGUUGUUUCUGACUCCGGCUGCUGCGGAAAAUGGAGAUGGUGGCGAGGGGGGCCAGGUGCAGCAGACCUACACGGACAUGAAUGGAAAUGAGGUGCAAGCCGAUGGUGUCGUGUCGUGCAAUGAGGUUGAUGUACCGUUUCAGCAGCGGAGGAUCACCAAGGCGGAUCUGGUCGAGGCCAUUGGCCCCGAGCCCAAGCAAGCAGUGGUUUACGUUUGUGGCGUUCCGACAAUGACGGACGAGAUGGUCCAGUACCUCACUGACAAGGACGCUGGUAUUGGUUUGGAUACAGACAGAGUCAAAUUCGAAAAGUGGUGGUAA